CCGCUGCCUUGAAGUCUUCACUUUGGUGGCAGGGUGUUUGAUGCACUGCUGAAAACUCCUUGAGCUGAAACAGCCACAGACAAUCAGUUCACAAUGUCCCGGAAGGUUGUGAGGACCAGUAAGUUCCGUCACGUCUUUGGCCAGGCUGUGAAAGCUGACCAAUGCUACGAUGACAUCCGCAUCUCGCAGAUGACAUGGGACAGCAACUUCUGCUCAGUCAACCCCAAGUUUGUGGCCAUGAUUGUGGACGCCAGUGGUGGAGGGGCCUUCAUCGUGCUGCCCCUGAGUAAGACAGGACGCAUCGACAUGUCCUACCCCACUGUAUGUGGCCACACAGGCCCUGUUCUGGACAUUGAGUUUUGUCCUCACAAUGACAACAUCAUUGCCAGCGGCUCUGAGGACUGCAGUGUCAUGAUCUGGGAGAUCCCAGACGGCGGCCUGACUACAUCCCUGACAGAUCCUGUUGUGAAGCUGGAUGGUCACUCCAAAAGAGUUGGCAUCCUGAGCUGGCACCCCACAGCCCACAAUGUGCUGAUGAGUGCAGGUUGUGAUAACGUGGUGAUCCUGUGGAACGUGGCGCGCGGCGAGGCGGUCGUGAGGAUCGACAGCGUCCACAACGACCUGAUCUACAGCGCCUGCUGGAACAGCGACGGCUCCAGGAUCCUCACCUCCUGCAAGGACAAGACGCUGCGAGUGCUGGACCCACGCAAGGGCACCGUCCUCAUUGAGAAGGAGAAGCCCCAUGAAGGCUCCAGGCCUGUCAGGGCGGUGUUCGUGUCCGACGGCAAGAUCCUCAGCACCGGCUUCAGUCGCAUGAGUGAGAGGCAGGUGGCGCUAUGGGACCCGAACAGCUUUGGAGAGCCGCUGACCCUGCAGGAGCUGGACACCAGCAGUGGCGUCCUUCUACCAUUUUUUGACCCAGACACCGGCAUCGUCUACCUCUGUGGCAAGGGGGACAGCAGCAUCCGUUACUUUGAGGUGACGGAUGAAGCUCCUUAUGUCCACUACCUGUCUAUGUACAGCAGCAAGGAGAGCCAGAAGGGGAUGGGCUACAUGCCCAAGAGGGGCCUGGAAGUCAACAAAUGUGAAAUUGCCAGAUUCUACAAACUGCAUGAGAGGAAAUGUGAGCCCAUUGUCAUGACGGUGCCCCGCAAGUCUGACUUGUUCCAGGAGGAUCUGUACCCAGACACCAUCGGGCCAGAGCCGUCGGUCGAAGCCGAUGACUGGUUUGACGGCAAAGAUGGCAAGCCCAUUCUGAUCUCUUUGAAAGACGGGUUUGUUGCAACCACCAAAGCCAAGGAGUUCAAAGUUCACAAAAGCCUCCUGAAGACCACGGCUGUUUCCUCUGGGAAUCAGCAGGAUAACGGCGAGGAGGUCCAGUCCUUGAGGAAGGAGGUGAAGCAGCUGAAGGAGGCGAUAGAGGAGCUGACCAAGCGUGUGAGCGAGCUGGAGAGCAAGCAUUAGACUGGAGGAAGAUGAACCCGAGGAAGAAGAAAAGUUGAGCCAGAAACAGAGCUGUUGCCGUGGAGACGCAGAGAGAGAGAGAGAGAGAGAGAGAGAGAGAGAGAGAGAGAGAGAGAGAGAGAGAGCGGCUGCAGCUCUGAGUUGUAGAUUAUGAACAAGAAAUGAGACAAAGGGAGGUUUCAUGAAACUUCAGGUGCCAAACAUUAUUAUUAUUUUUUUUUUUGG